AUGCAAAAUAGUAGCCCUGUUGAUACUCCUAUCAGUAAAGGCCAUGCCUUGGGUAGUCAAAUGUGUCCUAAAACUCCUGAAGAGAAAGAAAAAAUGAGCCGAGUUCCUUAUAGGAGCGUAGUCGGAAGUCUAAUGUAUGUUAUGGUGUGUACUAGACCUGAUAUCUGUCAAGCAGUUGGCUUAGUAAGUAGAUAUCAAACCGACCCAGGUUUAGCACAUUGGCAAGCAGUAAAGAGAAUCAUGAGAUAUCUGAAGGGAACUGCUAAUUAUACACUUUGUUACCAUGGCGACAAAGAUCUGCGAUUAGUUGGAUACAGUGAUGCUGAUCAUGGAGGAGAUCUAGACGAGAGGAAGUCUACCUCAGGAUAUGUUUUCUUACUCAGUGAUGGCGCUGUAUCAUGGAGUAGUAAGAAACAAUCAUGUAGAUCACUAUCUACUAUGGAAGCCGAAUAUGUGGCUCUCGCAUCAGCAGCACAAGAAACUGUUUGGUUGAAAAGGUUCUUGGAACACUUAUUGGAUAUCACAGAAGAGCUGAACCAGUGUUAG